AUGGGACUGAUUCACACUCCGCGAACCAUCGUUAGUAUCGCCAAAGGACUUUGGAAGCGUCGGCAGGGUACCGUUGACUGGCCAGGUCUGGGACCGGAUAAGCCAUACGUCUACAACGCUCGCCUUGGUUUAUUUGACGUGGAUUACCUCGGACACUUGAACAACGCUGCAUAUUUAUCCCAUGCAGAGUUAGCCCGUUGGGAACUUACAGCCGCCAACGGAAUGCUGACCAGUAUGCUACAAAGCGGAACAAACUUUAUUGUUUCCGGUUCGUGUAUACGCUAUCGACAGGAGAUUCGCCCUGUUUUUCGAAAGUUCCAGGUUGACACGUACGUUGCCGGCCUAGACCAACGCACAAUAUGGAUGGUUCAAAACUUUAGGUAUCCGGGGCAAAACGAACGUAUUCGUGCACAGAUGAUUGUUCAAGGAGUGGCAGUUCAAAAGACGAAAGGAAUUAUCGAUCCUCGUUCUUUCUUUGUAGAUACCGUUGGCAUGCCGUCAGAUUUAAUAGAGAGCGUGAACCUUCCAAUCACCUCCGACGAUACUGUCGAAGACGUUCUAGAACGCUACUCGUUUCUGGAAAAAGCACUACGAAGAGCAGCAACAGUUGACGACGAAUUACAAAAAAAGGAGGCAAAUAAGGAGUGA